AUGGCAGCGCCCAGCGGAAGAAGGAAUGGCAGCGGCGGCGCGAACUUGUGGGUCUCGUUGCUCCUGGCGGCCGUGGCGCUGAGGCCGGUGGAGGCGGUGUCCGAGCCCACGACGGUGGCGUUUGACGUGCGGCCUGGCGGCGUGGUGCAUUCUUUCUCCCAGAACGUGGGCCCUGGGGACAGAUAUACCUGUGUGUUCACCUAUGCAUCUCAAGGAGGGACCAAUGAGAAGUGGCAGAUGAGUCUGGGGACCAGCGAAGACCACCAGCACUUUACCUGCACCAUCUGGAGGCCCCAGGGCAAGUCCUACCUGUACUUCACACAGUUCAAGGCAGAGGUGCGGGGCGCCGAGAUCGAGUACGGCAUGGCCUACUCGAAAGCUGCUUUUGAGAAAGAGAGCGACGUUCCCCUGAAAAAUGAGGAGUUUGAGGUGACCAAAACAGCAGUGUCCCACAGGCCUGGGGCCUUCAAGGCUGAGCUGUCCAAGCUGGUGAUUGUGGCCAAGGCAACACGCAGCGAACUGUGA